AUGGCUGAAAUUGAGGUCUCUAUACCCCAGGAGGAAACUCCCCGAUCUCCAUUCCAGAACGUCCGUUCUAAUGGUCGUGCUUUCAACUCCCCCAAUUGGCGUACCAAGAGCUCUGAAACUCCGGCCUCUCCCUCCCCGCGUACCAACACCUCUCGAUCUGCAUUCAGUCGACCAGGAGCACAUGCACCGCAGGCAAAUUCAGAUGGACGACGCCUGUAUGUAGGCAAUAUGCCAUACACGGCCAAGUCAGAGGAUGUGGAGGCGCUUUUCAAGCCCCAGUUUUCAAUCGAGUGUAUUGACAUUGCCAUUGAUCCCUUCACUGGCCGAAACCCAUCUUACUGCUUUGUGGACAUGGAGUCCAAGGAGCAGGCUGAACGUGCCAUGAUUGAGUUGGAUGGUCGUCAGAUGCUUGGUCGUCCAGUCAAGAUCAAGCCUGGUGUGGCCAAGAAUGUCACUGAGCGAAAUGGAGAAGCCUGGUCAACACAGCUUAAUAUGGACCGAUGGCGUACACGGGACAAUACCACAGCCAAGGUUAACGAAGCCAGCAAGCGAGUAUAUGUUGGUGGACUGCCACGCUCAACUGAUCAAGAAGCCUUGAAGAGCAGCCUGCAGAACUUUUUCCAAGGAUACACUAUUGAGAAUGUUAGCAAGCUGUUUACCCCGCACCCCGCCAAGCGGUUUGAGGCUGGUGACCACUACUAUCUCUUCGUGGAUUUCAGCAGUGAAGAUGAGGCACAGAAGGCAUUGGAUACCAAGAAUGGACAACAGGGACCACGGGGAUCACCAUUGAUAGUGAGACCAGCACGAGCAGCAACCAAAGCAGAAGAACGAAAAGAUGAAGAAGGAAACAUGAGGUUAUAG